UGCGUGAAUAUACGAGAACAGUGAUGUCAGAGAUUCUUCGUCACGGAAGUCGAGUCAGCAAGGGAGUAGAGAGCAGUAUUGCACAUCAAACGUCCAGCAUACCUUUGUCUGGCGCUAACUGGCAUGUGGAGAUCAUGACAGAUGAUUUAGUCUGUGAGGCUGCAGAAGCAAGAAGUCACACUGACUCCAAGAAAGGGCAAUUCUCUAAAAUGGUCACAGAAGAAAGCUCCACUGCCAUUGAAUACAACAAACAGGAGUAUGGAGAUACAUUCAGUAAGGUGAUAGUAGAGCAGAUGCCUGCUAUUACUGGCCAUGAAAUAUUACACACAUUCCAACAGUUCCAUGAUCAGUCCAUGUCAGAAGAUGAAGAUGUGGAUGUGGUUGGCAGCAGUUUUGAUGAAGAUCCAGUAGAAAAUGAGACAUUAACAAGACCUGAUUUUGCUCAUUCAGUGGACAGUUCUUUAACUUCUUUUGUUGAUACUCUGGGUGAAGACAGUUUGGGUUCAUUUGCAGGAAUUGAGGCAACAGAUGUUAGCAGUCUUCUGGCACAGUUUGAAGAAGCCUCUGCAAGUUUGAGUGGUGUCCCCAGUGAAGAUGAACAGCAGCCAUGUUUACAGCAGAAUGUGCAGAACACGUCUACCAGCAAUGGUUUGGUGCCAACACCACCACCCACUCCCCCAGUCGAUGGCAAGAAUGUAAGAAUAAGCACAAAGCGGAAAUCGGCCAUCAUGAUUCCAAUGUUAGUGCCAGCCAAACGAGAGCGUGGUAAAGCAGUUGAACUCUCCUGGGGCAACACUUCCAAGAAAUUACAGAGAAUAAUGCAACAGCAGCUAAAUGAGACUGAGAAAGACAGCGAAGAAAACGCUGUAGAUGAAGUGCGUUCUUUAACUCCACCUUGUAGUCAAGAACAAUCUCUUGAUGAAAAUAUGCCAUCUUCUUCAAAAGAUGAAAACAUUGCUGUUGUUAUUGGUCAGAAACCAGAACUUAGUUCAACAUAUUUUGAUUCCAUCCCAGAUCAUGAUUAUUGCCAAAAUUUUCCAACUCAGGUUGUUGAUAAAAGCAUUCAUCCUGAAGAGACUGACCUUAACCAGGUUGUUCACAAAAAUAUGACCAAUCAAAGCACAUCUGCCUUUCAGGAAGAUGAUAACGAAUUUGGAUAUGAAAGAUAUUCUAAAUUUUCAAAUGAAAGGGAUUACACUUGUAAUACACCUGAAACUGAAAAAGCAUCAUUCAGAGAUAUGGAGAAUAACAAGUUUACCAGACAGAAAAGAAACUACAGGAAAAAUGACAAAAAGGAUGAUGAACCAGUGUUUGAUAAGUUGCCACAAUACUUCACUGUUCUCACAAAACCCAAACUUGUUCGCAAAGACAAGUGUGGUAAAGUUGAAAUCAACCUUGAUGAAGAGGGGAAGGAGCGUGAAGCCUCUCCAACUAGGGAGACGUUAUUUGACAAGUUGCCAGCCUAUUAUAGCUGCUUUACAAACAGCACUAAGUAUGAUGGAUCAGAAAUGGUAUCCUUGUCUGAGGAGACCACUGCAAAAGGCAACGACUCUGAAGAAGAUGGAGAAAUUCAUGAUACUGAUGCUUCAAAAGGGGAGAAGAUGAAUGAGACUGAGCAAAAAUAUCCGUGGGACAGAUUACGGGAUAAAAACAUUUCAGCUCAAUCAAGUAGAAGUCAGACUCCACUUAUCAUAGAUUCCCGAUCAGGAACACCCUCAUUAUCUAGGCCUCAGUCACGUUCAAGGUCAAGGACAAAUUCGCCAUCUAAGAAUCGUCGCUCGCCAAUUCGCAGUUCAAGACAUAGAAAGUCACGCUCACCUAGAAGAAGAUCAUACUCGUCAGAUUCUUGCUCCAGCUCAAGAUCAAGGUCUAGAAGUGCAAGCUCAGACAAGUCUAGAUCCAGGUCAUCUAAAAAACAUUCAAGAAGAUCCCAAAGAACAAGGUCAAGGGCAACUAAAUCCAGGUCAAGGUCACCAUCUACUUCAAGGUCACGAUCUAGGUCAAGGGCUUCUUCUAGGUACAGAAGAUCAAGAUCUCCACUUUCCAGAUCAAGAUCACGGUCACGUGAAAGCACAAGACGCUCCAGAAGAUACCAUCAUAGGCACAAUAGAAGAAGCAGGUCAUCAUCUUAUGAAGACUGGUGUGCUAGAGAAAGAGAAAGGAAGAAAGAACAACGUGACCAGGAAAAGAAAAAACAGAUAGAAGAGAGAAGAAUUAUAUAUGUUGGAAAAAUUCCUGACAACUAUACCAGGCGGGAUUUGAGGCGACGAUUUGACAGAUUUGGACCAAUAGAGCAAGUGGGAAUACACUUCAGGGAAGACAACGACAACUAUGGCUUUGUGACAUUUGCCUACACCUGUGAUGCUUAUGCUGCCAUUGAAAAGGGAAACCGCAUCAGAGGUGAACCAAUUUUUGACCUUUGUUUUGGAGGAAGACGAGAAUUUUGCAAAAACAGCUAUGCUGAUCUUGACGGAAACAAAGAAGUUGAGGAGGAAUUCCUUCCCUUCAAUCAACCUCCAGUUGGUGGUGACUUGGACUUUGAUUCUCUCCUUCAACAAGCAAAGAUAGCAAUUAAAAAAAAUAAAAAGUAAACUUGUCAGAUACAGAGAAAAUUAACGUCUCACUGUAGAUGGGGUUAAAAUCGGUUCUUUAUGAUAGUACACGUGGAGUUUUGUUAAGACCAGUGUGGUGGGAAAUGUUUGAAGUGAACUGAUAUAUGAAAUUGUUUAUGUAACAUUGCUUGUUAUUAAAUCUUGUGCAAUAGUUUGUCUUGUGGGUUUCUAGAGAAAACUGCUUUGUCAUAUUUUUUGAUAUAUUUCAUUUACAGAUUGAAUAACAAUUAUUGUGGAUACUUUGUGUUAAUGCUAGAAUUUUUUCACAUGUGCCUAAAGAGUUGUAUUUAUUAUGGUAAACUUGUCAAAUUGGGCCUUUAAAAAUUUUGGUUAAUAAAGUGUCUUUCCUGGAAGAUCA